CCCGCCCGAUUCGUCCUAAAAGUCCUUCCCCAUUGGCUCCGGUUUGCUCUCGUCAUCAAAGCGAGCAGGGUUUUCCAAAGACACGGCGUCUCACAAACAAAAAGUGCGCCUGGACGGUCGAACCGGACUGUGUGUGGAGUUCAUAGAGACAGAGAGAGACAGAGCGGACCGGGCUCGGAACCGCGCCGAGAAACGAGCACAGCAAGAACAGAACCGAGAGAGACGGGCGAUCUGAAAGGAGAGGCGGGUGUGGGAGCUGGGCUGUCGUGUCAGUCCUCCAGAACACGUCUGCUUGGUGGGACUCUAGCAGGCUUGUGCUGGCCGGUUUGGAAAGAGGCUCUCGGCUGUGAUACCCAACACCCCCCCCCCCCCCCCCCCCCCAACGCCCCUGCCCCCCCCCCCCCCCCCCGGUCGAUGGCACGCGGCGUGGGAGCCGAUUCAACCUGGCAGGCGAACGCCGUGAUGGGAGAGGAGUCCACAUCCAGCGUCUCUCCCCAGAACCUGCCGUCGAUCUGCAGCCCGGACGAGGACCUGACCCGGCACAUCGAGAACCUGAUCGCGAUCGAGCUGGGCGCCUGCUGCCUGUCCGACCUGGAGAACUCUGUCGACUUCUCCGACCCGAGCCUGGGAGUCGAGGACUAUCCUUCCGCCGGGGCGACCGAAAAAUCUCCCGCCGUCGUCACGGAUGGCUUGUCGCAACUCUCUCGCCCCGCCGAUGCUCCCGGCUUGCCCGGGGAAAGCGCGGACGGCAAACCGAACAGCGACGUGGCUCCUACGACCACGUGGCUCGCUGCGAGCCUGCUGGACCCGGCUUCCUCCUCGGCGGGCUGCUUUCCCGAGAAGGGAAUCAUCCCGGGUCUGACCGGCCACUUAAUAAACUUUGCGGAGCAGAGCGGAGGGGGGUUUCCUGCGGGGCAGAGGGCCGCGCCCCCCCAUCGCGAGGCGGUGGGCUUCCCCUCCUGGCACGCCAGCGUGCUGGAGCUGUAUUCGGACGUCAGCAGCUGCUCGGGGGACGAAGGGGAGGGUGUAGCGGCCGGGCGAGACGGGAGUCUGACGAGGGAGGGGUGGGAUUCCAGCCCCCCUUCCCUGGAAGACGCCGGAGGAGGAGGAGGAAGAAGAACUGGGGGCGACUCGCCGGCUUUUGACGCCGAUAACGAGGAGGAGUCUGACGGCAGCGGCUCCCCGGAGAAUCCCGCCACUCCUCGCGUGGCCGACGAAGCGCCCGCGGACAGAGACGGCUUUCCGCGCCAAAAAAACGACGCAGUGAAACAGCAGGACUCGGAGAGCUCCCCGGACAACGAGGUUCUCCCAGAAGGGGGUUCGUCCUCCCAGCGCAGAGACAGCUUAUCGGAGCCGCGGCAGAACGAAAGUGCCCACGAUCCCGAUCGUCACGCAGGGGGCGGUUUACUGAAAGAGUGUUCGAACGUUGGCAGCCCUUUGGAGGAUGUAGCUGAACCGUCCGGUCCCUAUAACAUAGACGGUGUUGGGGACAAUCAAACACAACAGAUACAGAUCCCUGUCUCCAGUCACGUCGCCAACUCCUCAGAGACAGAAACAGAAAAAGCAACAGCCAGCAGUCCAGGGGAGACUCCCAUCCAGGGUACUCAAGGACUCCAGGAAGCUGAAUCGUCUGCUCCCUGUAAUAUAGACGGUGUUGGGGACAAUCUAACACAACAGAUACAGAUCCCUGUCUCCAAUCACGUCGCCAACUCCUCAGAGACAGAAACAGAAAAAGCAACAGCCAGCAGCCCAGGGGAGACUCCCAUCCAGGGUACUCAAGGACUCCAGGAAGCUGAAUCGUCUGCUCCCUGUAAUAUAGACGGUGUUGGGGACAAUCUAACACAACAGAUACAGAUCCCUGUCUCCAAUCGCGUCGCCAACUCCUCAGAGACAGAAACAGAAAAAGCAACAGCCAGCAGUCCAGGGGAGACUCCCAUCCAGGGUACUCAAGGACUCCAGGAAGCUGAUUCGAACGCAAGCAAGUUGUCGGACAAGCCAACUGCACGCGCAGAAAACUCACCAGUUCCAAAUCUGCACAGCUCACCCAUGCGUGAAGGGACUGCAACCCCAGAUGAUGUAGGAUUCCUAGCUGCUGCUGCUGCUACUAUUACUACGACUGCUACUACUACAGCAGAGCUUCCUGGACGCUACUCGGAUGUGAGCAGCUGUUCAGAGGACGAGAUGGGCAGCCCAACCCACCGUGCCGCAGAAAACGAUCCGCCCCAGCAGCACGGAGAAAGCCCGGCGAGGGAAUCGGACUCGGGACCCCCGUAUCGGAGAAGGUCCAGCAGCCUCGAACGCAGAAGAUCCAGUUCCGGGCUACGGACCACCGGCUGGGGGAUGGAAUGCACCCGGCUCUCCAGAACGCGAGGCUGCGUCCGACUCCCACGCGGAUCCUGGCGCAACGACCCGGCGUGCCGAAAGUUUACCGGAUCAGGAAUCAGAGGAGCCGGAGCUUGAGGAAAGCUUGGCG